AUCGAGAAUACGAGUAAUUAAAAUCAGCUCUAAUUUGGGAAAGCCUUUAUUCUCUGCUUUGCUUCCCCUGCUUCGGUUCUAAGGGAAAAUGACGAUUGCCGUCGAGAAUCCAGGGCUCGGGUCACGAGUAGAGGAUAAGAAGCAAUCUUCAGACUUGGCACAGAAUGGUGGACAUGCAACACCAGAUGCUGCUGGAUUUGCCAUGCCGGACUCCAACGCUUUUGGCCAAUCUUUUAGGGAUUAUGACGGAAGCGUAAGGCAAAACACAGUGGAGGAAUGCUACCGGUUGAACCAUGUUAACCAAACAUAUGAUUUUGUAAAGAGAAUGAGGGAAGAGUAUGGAAAACUGAACAGAGCAGAGAUGAGCAUUUGGGACUGCGCUGAACUGCUCAACAGUUUUGUGGAUGAAAGCGACCCUGAUUUGGAUGAGCCUCAGAUUGAGCACUUGCUGCAGACUGCUGAAGCCAUAAGAAAAGACUUUCCUGAUGAAGAUUGGCUGCACCUGACUGCCCUUAUUCAUGAUCUUGGAAAGGUUCUUCUUCAUGAGAAAUUUGGAGAGCUUCCUCAGUGGGCUGUUGUUGGAGAUACAUUUCCUCUUGGUUGUGCUUUCGAUGAAUCGAUUGUUCACCACAAGCACUUCAAGGGCAAUCCCGAUCACAAAAAUCCUGCUUACAACACCAAACUUGGAGUCUACUCCGAAGGAUGUGGACUAGAAAAUGUGGUCAUGUCAUGGGGACAUGAUGACUACAUGUACUUGGUGGCCAAGAAAAAUGGAACAACUCUACCAUCAGCUGGACUGUUUAUUAUCCGAUAUCACUCAUUUUACCCAUUGCACAAAGCAGGAGCAUAUCAAUUCCUGAUGAAUGAAGAGGAUAAAGAGAACUUGAAGUGGCUCCAAACAUUCAACAAAUAUGAUCUCUAUAGCAAGAGCAAAGUUCGAGUUGAUGUUGAAAAGGUUAAGCCAUACUAUCUAUCACUCAUUGCAAAGUAUUUUCCAGCAACACUCAGAUGGUAAGCUAUUCCUUGGAUGCCGCCUUUUCGGCUGUGCUUCAGUUCAUUUAGACAUAUAUAUAAUAUAUAUAUAUAUAUGUGUGUGUGUAUAUAUUUAUGUAUAAAGAAAUUCUAUGAUCAGCAUCAAGAAGUUCUUGUAAUAUUACUAUACAAUAAUGAAUAAAUUAAAGUGAACCUGGCGAAGUUUCUUGUUCA